AUGAUAGUAAAACAAUUGAAUUUUGCUGUAUCAGUAUUAUUUGGAGUUUUUCUUUUGACAAUUUCAGUCUUUUCAGCACCUGUAAUACAUGAUUGUACAUAUGAAAAAGAUACGUGUAAGAUUGAUUGGACGAUUAAAGAUCAUAAUUGUGAGCUUGAUGGUUGCGGUGAACGGCCAGUUAUAGUUGUUUACCACACUAAUAGAAAGAUGCCUAAUUGUUCGGAAUUUCCUGCGCCAACUAUUUAUAUGAGACCAGGGCAGCGGAUUCAAGUUUUGGUAAGAAAUGAACUUAAAGAACUGACUACAAUCCAUUGGCACGGACUUUAUAUGAGGAAUACGCCGUUUGAAGACGGAGUUCCAUCUAUAACUCAAUGCCCAAUUCAGCCUGGUAAAUCAUAUUUAUACGAUUUUUAUGCGAAUGAUGGACCUGGCACUCAUUGGUAUCAUUCACAUUUUAAAACUCAGCGUCUGGCUGGAUUUUAUGGCAUGAUAAUUAUCAAUGAGACUGAUACUAGCUAUAAAGACUAUGUGGAACACAAUGUAAUUAUAUCAGAUUGGUAUCACGAAAAAGCAGAAAUUUUAUUAGAUAAAUACCAAUAUACGAUCAGCGAUUCACCUCAUGACACAGUAAACUAUGAGCCCGUUCCACACUCUGUUUUUAUUAAUGGUGAAGGCAAAGGAAAUUGUGAAAAAAAUUGUCAUACUGAACCUUGUGAAGAAAAUUGUACUGGAACCUCUGAAGAAGAUUGUUCUGAAUCAUGUGAAAAAAUUUGUUAUACUUCAGCCGACACUGGAAACGUGUACGAUUUGUCGAAAGGUGAUAAACAUCGAUUUCAAUUCUAUUUCUCUAUUGAUAAUCAUUCGCUACAAAUCAUCGAGGUCGAAGGACAUUACGUAGAACACGCCAAUAAUUCACAAACGAUUUACCGUAUGCCUAUUCAUGUUGCACAGAGAUAUUCGGUGAUUGCAAUCCGAGACCCAGCAGCACAGAACAUAAAAAAAUUUUGGAUGCGUAUAGAGGCAAGGACCGAUUGCCUUCGGACAUAUACACCUUGUUGUCAAAAAAAAAAACUAGUUAAAACAAUUCUAUCGACAGUUAGUUACGAUUCUUCUGAAGGAAAACCAGAUACGGUUGCAUGGGGUGACUUUACGUUUUGUUUUGGGUUUAAUCUGUCUAUGUUGGCACCAAAAAAUUUAUCAUUAUUACCACCAUCAACAGUAAAUAAAACUUUUAAUUUGAACGUUUUCAUGUUAUCGAAUUCGGAUUACAUUGGUUCAGGAGGUUACAGCUUAACCACAGUUGGGGAAGUGUUUGAAGGUAAUAUCCACGAGAAGUAUAUUGCCUAUGAUGAUUUCCAUAAUACAUUGGAAAAUGUAUACGCAGAUACUUCUUCUUGGCCAUCUACUCAGAAUAUUCUUACAUUGGAUACAAGAGACCAAUUUAUUGAUAUUGUUUUACAUAAUUUUGAUGAUAUUGGCCAUCCUUUCCAUUUGCAUGGUCAUGUUUUUUGGGUUAUGAAGAUCCAUGAUCAAGGCAUAAACGUAGUUUACAAAUCUCCGAUUAUGCGUGACACUGGGACUGUUCCAGCAAGAGGCAAUACAACAAUUCGAUUUUCGGCGAAUAACCCUGGAGUAUGGGCUUUCCAUUGCCAUGUCGAGUGGCAUCUUGAAGUUGGUAUGUUGGCCCAAUUUCUUGAACUUCCAGAAGAAAUUAAACUUUUGAAAAAACCAACACUGCCGUCAUGGGCAAUAGAAGCUGAUCCGAGUGUAAAAUAUUGGGACGAUCUGUGCUUUUUUCCCUCUACCUAA